AUUGAGAAAAUACGACAAAAAGUAGACCUUUAUGUAAGUCAAAACAGCCGCAGAUGACGUAGGCUAGGAAAGCACAUUACGGAAACGUGACAGAGAAAAAGUUGUAUAACGGCUGAUUCUGACCAAUCAGAGCGCUCCAUUCCUGUCUGCGUUGCCCUGUGGGUGGAGAGGCUGAUAGAGAAAGCAGGUCUUGCGUGUUUGUCGGGUCUACCAGGAGCUACAAUUUAUAUAUUCUGUAUAAUAUUGUGAGUGCGCGUUGACUUUGUGCAGUUAUAUAUGGAAACAAGCUGGACAUAUUCGCGCGUUUGUACUUGUUUUGCGUUCUAGUAGCUUGUGUUAACGUUACGUGGACUUCACCUACGCCUCGUUUGCGUAUAGCUUAUGAAAAUAUAACAAUUCAAGCGUCGCUGCUGGCUGAAAACGGGUUUCUUCGGAACUUAUUGACUUCAUCAUUGCUACCAACCAGGAUUAGAGCUGUACAGGUUUCUUGCGUCUUCUGUGGGUACCUGCAGUCACACAUGCAGCCACUGCUGUUCAGGAGACUCAACUCUGUGGGUAAAUACAUGGAGCUAGGUUAAAGUCGGACAACCCCUGAACGCUCCUCUGCGGAUCUACAGCCCAUAUUAAAACGUGGGCACUUGACUGUUUCGCUAGUAUAACAACGAAAGAGGUCAGAAUUUUGUUGUUUUGGGGUAACUUCCUCCAUUCAUUCUAAUCCCACCGGGGAUAAUUACAUCAAGGCAGACAACAUGGUGGUAAACACCAUCCACUGGUUCAGGAAGGGACUGCGGCUGCACGACAAUCCGUCUUUAAGGGACUCCAUCCGGGAUGCGGAUUCCCUCAGAUGUGUGUACAUCCUGGACCCUUGGUUCGCAGGGUCCUCCCAAGUGGGCAUCAACAGGUGGAGGUUUUUGUUGCAUUGCUUAGAGGACUUGGAUGCCAGCCUGCGGAAACUCAACUCUCGUUUGUUUGUCAUCCGAGGCCAGCCGACAGAUGUCUUCCCAAGGAUUUUUAAGGAAUGGCAGAUUAACCGUUUAUCUUAUGAGUAUGACUCUGAGCCGUUUGGCAAGGAACGUGAUGCUGCCAUCCAGAAACUAGCCAGCGAGGCGGGGGUAGAGGUCAUGGUGCGGACUGGACACACCCUCUACAAUCUGGACAGGAUCAUAGAACUCAAUGAUGGUCAGUCUCCUCUUACAUACAAGCGCUUCCAGGCCCUCAUCGAACGUAUGGAUGCUGUGGAGCUGCCUACAGAAACAAUCACCUCAGAGGUUCUUGGAAGAUGUGCCACGCCCCUCAGUGAAGACCAUGAUGACAAGUUUGGGGUGCCCUCCCUGGAAGAGCUUGGUUUUGAGACCGAGGGCCUGAGCACAGCAGUAUGGCCAGGUGGAGAAACAGAAGCCCUCAUGCGGCUGGAGCGGCACCUGGAGAGGAAGGCAUGGGUGGCGAACUUUGAGCGACCUCGGAUGAACGCCAACUCCCUGCUGGCCAGUCCCACAGGCCUCAGCCCCUACCUGCGCUUUGGAUGUCUCUCCUGUCGGCUCUUCUACUUCAAACUUACUGAUCUGUAUAGGAAGGUCAAGAAGAACAACAACCCGCCACUUUCCUUGUAUGGCCAGUUGUUGUGGAGAGAGUUCUUCUAUACGACUGCCACCAACAACCCCUGCUUUGACAAGAUGGAGGGAAACCCCAUGUGUGUCCAGAUCCCCUGGGACAGAAACCCAGAGGCGCUGGCCAAGUGGGCAGAGGGACGGACAGGCUUUCCCUGGAUAGACGCCAUUAUGACCCAGCUGAGGCAAGAAGGGUGGAUCCAUCAUUUGGCGAGGCACGCUGUGGCGUGCUUCCUCACCAGGGGAGACCUCUGGGUCAGCUGGGAGGAAGGCAUGAAGGUGUUCGAAGAGUUGCUUAUAGAUGCAGACUGGAGUGUAAAUGCUGGCAGCUGGAUGUGGCUCUCCUGCAGUUCAUUUUUCCAGCAGUUUUUCCACUGCUACUGCCCUGUGGGAUUUGGACGACGCACGGACCCCAAUGGGGACUUCAUACGGCGUUAUUUGCCCAUGCUGAGGGGCUUUCCGGCCAGAUACAUCUAUGAUCCUUGGAAUGCCCCAGAGGAAGUGCAGAAGGCAGCCAAGUGCAUCGUAGGAGUCCACUACCCCAGACCCAUGGUGAACCACGCUGAUGCCAGUCGCAUCAAUGUGGAGCGGAUGAAGCAAAUCUACCAGCAGCUCUCCAGCUACAGAGGACUGGGCAUGCUGGCAGCAGUACCUGCCAAUCCCAACAAUGGUGCACAUGGCAUCAACACAGGGACCAGUCAAGGUCCAGGAGGGUCCUCUGAAGGCCUCAACACAUACAAGGGAAUGUCUCAAACCGAAAGAGGACAGUCCACACAGAAGCGACGCCAUGAAGAGAUUUCACCCAAAAGCAGCUUUAAAUCCUUGAGGCAGAGCAAAUAGUGAAAGGGAAUACAAAGGGUCUCUCAGACAGUCUGUAUCAUCUAGUCGGUUCACUGUUCCCUCAGCUGACACACACUAGUGACUGUAACUAACAGCCAUCGAGGGAACAGAAAUGGGGGUGUCGGAUCCAGAUGACACUAUUGACUGUCUGUCUAAAGGAUUCCCUUCGUGCAUGAUGUCUGGAACAUGUCUUGAUUUCCGGAAAGGACACACAAAACAUCUCAGGAACCACAGAAGGAAUUAAGAGACAAUACCUAUAUUGAAGAGAAAGAACUCUGUAACCCCUUAAGAGUAUAAAAGGCAAAAACAAGUGAUCUACAAAGCCAUCACAUGAGGAUGUGAGGCCACCUAUUGUCUUCCACUAAAGUAUGUCACUGUACAACUGUUGAAACCGCUAAUUGUUAAUGUCCUUUUCCCCUCAACACCCCACAUCAGUCAGGCCAAGACAUGAUAUUUGAUGGAACUCAAGAUGAUUAUUAACCCUUGUACAUCACUAUUGACAUUUUUUGGCUUUUUGACUUUUCAUUAUGGCUGCAUAUGCCCAUUUUGGAGGCUCAACUUCAGCUCCUGAAAUAACUAUAAUUAACUGCAGAGACCCUUAGCACCUUACACACAGAAAUGUCCCCAUUGAAACCAAUCAAAACCACUUUUUUUUUUUUUUUUAAUCAUUGGGCUUAAUGCCAUUUUACUGGUUUCCACAAUGGUUAUUUCUGCAAUGAUGAUGCAAUGCAUCAAAAUAAAUUAUUAUGUUGAUAAUCAUUGAAAUAACAGACACUGGGAAAAAUAGAAAAAAGCCCCUUGCAUUUAGUGUAAAGAAUAUGAUUCAAUUUGUAGCAGUAACCCUUUAUCAGGCGAAGAACUAUAUUUGGUAGCUUCAGGUAAUAUUUUGAGAAAAAAGUUGCAAAUUUACUAGAAAAAAAAGUUGCAGAUUCAAGAGAUUUAAAGUGGCAAAUCUGCGUGAAAAAAGUCGCAGAUUUACGAGAAAAAAGUGGGGAAAAGCAAAUUUUUUCUCCCAGAUUCACCACUUUAACCCUUAAUAGGGCACUCACUGAAAUACUUCAAAUUCCAAAUAUCAACCCUAGAGAAUAUUGGAGGAUAUUACAUAAUGACAGAAUGUGUAAAAAAAACAUACGAAAAUAAUAUUUUGAGAAAAAAGUUUACGAGAUUAAAGUGGCAAAACGACUUUAAAUCUCUUAAAUCUGCAAUUUUUUUUCUUGUAGAUUUGCCACUUUAAUCUAGUACAUUUGCAACUUUUUUCUCAAAAUAUUACCUGAAGUUACCAAAUAUAGUUUUUCACCUGAUAAAAUUCUGACAAUAAAUUAAUAUUGAAUUUAUAUUCAGGUUAUAAGUUGGAUGAUUUACCUCAGUGAAAGCUGAAAAUAAUAAUAUAUAGCAUUUGAUGGCAGUGUAUUGAUGUGGGCAUUUUUGUCCUGUCAAGCAACUUUUUUUUCUUAAAGUGAGGCACAAGGGUUAAAUCACUGCAUUAUUACGUCAUUAUUAAAAGCAACAGUUCUCAUGGAUAGUAAACUGAUCAUUUUGUGAAUACGAGCCUGCUUCAGCCUCCACACCUUUUUAUGUUAAAAUUUCUUUCUCUGAAAUCUGAUUUCCAUCGAUAACAGCGUGGAAGAUUUGUUGUGUAUAUAUUUAAUAUGAAGAAUAUGUCACACUGUCAAUGUACAUAAUGUAAGUUUUUUUUUUUCAAAGCUUAAAGACACAAAGGUCUAAUGUACAGUUGCAAUGAAUAUAACAAACUGUCAUUUUUUAAAUGAAGCAGGCUUUAUAAAGGCCAUCAUACUUUUUGUAAAUACUUGUUUUUACUUCUAACUUUUGUAUAUUUGGUCCUUUGCUUUCACAACCCCUUUUUGUAACUUAUAUCUUACAAAAAAAGGCUCUACUGUGAACGCACGUGUUUUUGUCUCCCAUGUGAUCAUAAAUCUAUUAUUUUUGUAUAAAUAAUGAUCAAAUUUUAACUGUAUUGAAAUGGCAAUAAAUUACAUUGUUGUA